AUGAAUAAUUUAAUAAUUGUUUUUUUAUUUGCCAUUAUUACUUUUUCAUUAGUAUAUUUAAUAAAUAAAUAUUUUGCUUACAAUAACAAUAAUAAUAACAAUAAUAAUAAUAAUAGCAAUAACAAUAAUAAUAAUAACAAUAAUAACAAUAAUAGCAAUAAUAAUAAUAAUAAUAAUAAUAGUAGCAUUACCAACACAAAUCAUUAUACCCCAAUCAUUAAUAGCAGCCUCACCAACACACAACCUUCUAUUCCAAUAAAGAACAACAAUAUUACCUACUCACAACAUUCUGCCCCAAUCAACAAUAAUAAUAAUAAUAACAACAAUAAUAAUAAUAGCAAUAACAAUAAUAGCAACUUCACCAACCCACAUCAUUAUACCCCAAUCAUUAAUGGCAGCUUCACCAACACACAACAUUCUUCCCCAAUCAACAAUAAUAAUAAAAAUAACAAUAACAAUAACAAUUACAAUAAUAGCAUAAUUAAUAGCAACUUCACCGGUACUCAACAUUCAACCCCAAUCAAUAAUGGAAACAUCACCGGUUCACAACAUUCAACCCCAAUCAAUAAUAGCAACUUCACCGGUACACAACAUUCAACCCCAAUCAACAAUGGCAACAUCACCGGUACACAACAUUCUACCCCAAUCAACAAAAGCAACAUCACCUACACUCAAAACUCUGCCCCAAUUGACAAUGAUUCAACUCCAAAUGAUUGCCACCAAUACCCACAACAAAACCCACAAGACUCAACAUCAAGCAAUCAACCACCACAACACCAAUUUAACAGCCCAAGUGUCUCAUUAGUCAAUAGCCCACAAUCUCAAGAUUAUUCAAAUUCUUCUCAACAACGUAAUAUCCCAAAACCACAAAGACAUUCAUCUGUUCCAUCCGCAUUUGCAUCAACUGGAAAUCACACAAUCAAGAAGAGAUCAUUGGAAUAUGAUAAUGAAAUUAUUAAGUGUGAUAAACUAUUUACCAAAAAACAAAAACUCGAAGAUGAAGAGAGUUUAAGAAGGGAUAAGCAAAUUGCCGAAAUGGAAAGAUUAAAUAAAGAAAGAGAAGAAAGGGCUAAAUUUGAAAGACUCAAAGAGAUUGAAAGAGUCCAAAAAGAAUAUAGAGAAAGGGAAGAGUUAGAAAGAAUCGAAAUACUAGAAAGAGAAAGACAAAUAAAAGAAGCUCUAGAAAGAAGAAAAUUGGAAAUAAUUCAAAGAGAAAGAGAAUAUAUGGAAAAACAAGAAAGAGAUAGAUUACAAAGAAUCCAAAGAGACAGAGUAAGAGCAGAAAGAAUAAGAGCAACAGAGCAAAGAGAAAGAGAGAGACAAAGAGAAGAUAGAGAAAGACAAGAAAGGGAAAGAGCUCAAAGGGAAAACCAAGAAAUGGAAAGAGCUCAAAGGGAAAGAGAAGAAAAUGAGAGGGAAGAAAGAGAAAGAUUAGAAAGAGAUAAUUUGGAAGGUGAACGUUUAGAAACCAAUGAAAAAUGUACCAUUUGUCUUAAUUUUAUAAAUAUUAAUGAAAUGGCUACAAUUGAUUGCCUCCAUAAAUUUUGCUACGGAUGUAUUCAACAAUGGUCUAAUCGUAUCAAUACCUGCCCAAACUGUAGAGAAGAGUUUCAUGACAUCAUCAGAGUAACUAAUGCUGCAAACUUAUAA